AUGGAUGCCACAAUCCAUCAGGACCUAAUCGAAACGGCAAGAGAAGAUGAUGACAAAGUCCACUUCCCAACAGAAGACGACACCGAUGAAUCCCAUUACAUAUACAUCCUCAACACAAUCCUAAGCGGCACAGCUCGCCUCAACGUUCUCCUACCCUCUGCCACCAUUCUCGCAUUCACCAUUUUCGCUCCUCUCCUAACCAACGAUGGCAAAUGCGAAUCAUUGAACCGCUGGCUUAUGGGCUGUUUCUUGGCACUCUUGGCCGCCUCUUGCAUCUUCCUUUCAAUCACCGAUAGCUUUCGCACAGCCACUGGGAGGUUAUAUUAUGGCGUGGCGACAAUCGGUGGAAUAUGGACUUUUAAUGGAGUACAGAAGAAGCCGCUUCUGCCGUCCGAUUAUAGAAUGAGGUGGUCGGAUCUUUUUCAUUCGUCGCUUUCAUUGAUUGCUUUUCUAACUUUUGCAGCUUUGCACGUCGAUGUGGUGGACUGUUACUACCCGGCGUUGCCGAGAAAGGUUACAAACACUGUACCUCUGGUGGUUGGAUUUGUGAUAAGUGUUUUGUUUGUGAUGUUCCCUUCAAGGAGAAGGGGAAUUGGGUAUCCUUUCUUGCUGCAGAGAAGAGCUUUAUACAGCAGAUAUUGA